CGUCCUGCGAUACCGAUGUCCCCAAAGCGUCCAGUCGAGCUGAGCACCAGGACAACACCAUUCUCAGAGAUUAAAUAUAUGCUUGUUGGUGUCAGCUGCAAAUACAGAGAUAACAGAAUCUUCAGCAUUGAGAUGGCCACUACCGCCUCCUCCUCCUCCUCCUCCUCCUCCGGUCAGGUCAUCACCAUUGGUAACGAGCGUUUCCGUUGCCCAGAGACACUCUUCCAGCCUUCUUUCAUUGGUAUGGAGUCUGCUGGCAUCCAUGAGACCGCCUACAACAGCAUCAUGAAAUGUGACAUUGACAUCCGUAAGGACUUGUACGCCAACAACGUGCUGUCUGGUGGUACCACCAUGUACCCUGGUAUCGCUGACCGUAUGCAGAAGGAGAUCACAGCUCUGGCCCCAAGCACCAUGAAGAUUAAGAUCAUCGCUCCACCUGAGAGGAAGUACUCCGUCUGGAUCGGUGGCUCCAUCCUGGCUUCCCUGUCCACCUUCCAGCAGAUGUGGAUCAGCAAGCAGGAGUACGAUGAGGCCGGCCCCUCCAUUGUCCACAGAAAGUGCUUCUAAACACACAACCAGCCUCCUUCCGACCUGCAUUUGUACUUUGUUGUCUCCUGUAUAUAUAUACAUAUGUUCUAUUGUAAUAAAGAUAAGCCCUUGUGAGAGUA